CACCACCUAGCCUUCUUCCCGUUCCCUCGGUUCGGUCCGGCGGCCAUGGCGGAGGAGCAGCAGCAGCAGCAGCAGCAGAGGUGGCAGGACGGCCACCGCCUGUGCGCCAACAACUGCGGCUUCUUCGGCAGCCCCGCGACGCUGGACCUCUGCUCCAAGUGCUACCGCGACCUGUACCCGCAGGAGCAGCAGCAGCCAGCACCAGCGGGCCCCUUCGUUCCUGCCGCGUCGGCCUUCCAUCCUUCCUCCUCGUCGGUCUCUCCCGAGCCCGAGCCUCCGGCGGCCUCUGCUGCAGGCGCCAAGGCCGGCAGGUGCGCCAGCUGCCGGAAGCGCGUGGGCCUGACGGGGUUCGCGUGCCGCUGCGGCGCCACCUUCUGCGGCGUGCACCGGUACCCGGAGCGGCACGCGUGCGCCUUCGACUUCCGCGCCGCCGGCCGCGACGCCAUCGCGCGCGCCAACCCCGUCGUCAAGGGCGACAAGCUCAAGGACAAGAUCUGAGGAGCCUCCUAUCCCAUCAAAGUUCAUCCCUUUCCCUUGUCGAUCGGCGGGACUCCGGAAGAGGAGGGACGGACGACGGCCGGAAUUGGAUCGUCGGAUUGUACUAUACGAACUAGUACUCCCGUGUACUCUACGAUUGGUGGUGUAAGCCAUGUAAAGCUGGCGGUGAAAUCGCUGGCCGUUGAUUGGAAUGAAAAAACAUUCAAAUGGAAAACGAAACCCAUUGGCUUCAGAAAA